AUGCGAAUCUCAGCGGCGGUUCUUGUCUCCCUUGCUACCCUCGGCGGUGCUCAGAAGGCCACAUUCGAGCUUUCGUACCCCUCGCCGUGGGGAACUGGUGGUCCGGGAUGGGACGAAGCGUACGAGAAGGCUAGGGAGUUCGUUAGCAAGCUUACGCUGCUUGAAAAGGUUAACUUGACGACCGGGACUGGUAAUCAGGCGGAUUUAUCCGAUCUCAACUCCGUGUUUCCGGCUGGCAUCAGCGCAGCGGCAACAUGGUCGCGAUCUUUACUCCGGAAACGGGGCGAGGCGAUUGGACAAGAAUUCAGCGGUAAAGGCGUUGGUAAGCGCUCAUUUCUCUCUCACCUCACUACCAGCAAUCGGCCCUCUAGGCCGAGACCCCGCGGCGGCCGCAACUUCGAAGCCUUCGGGCCAGACCCGUACCUCGCCGGCGUAGCAGUCGCCGAGACGAUCAUCGGGGCGCAGAGCGCGGGCGUGGUGGCCAGCGUCAAGCACUAUGUCCUUAACGAGCAGGAACACUUCCGCAGCGGCAUCAGCUCUAAUCUUGAUGAUAAGACUAUGCAUGAGGUGUACCUGUGGCCGUUCGCGGACGCGGUGCGCGCGGGUGUGGGCAGUGUUAUGUGCUCGUAUAAUCAGAUCAAUAAUAGCUAUGCGUGCGAGAACUCGUAUGUGUUGAAUAAGCUGUUGAAGAACGAGCUUGGGUUUCAGGGGUUCGUUGUUACCGAUUGGGGCGCGCAGCACAGUGGUGUUGCUAGCGCACUCGCUGGCUUGGAUAUGACGAUGCCUGGGGAGGGGUUCGGCGCGGGCACGUACGGAUCGUACUGGGGCGGCGCUUUGACUGAAGCGGUGCUUAGCGGUGCGGUUCCACAGUGGCGACUCGACGACAUGGUUAUUCGUAUUAUGGCUGCUUUCUACAAGGUAGGGCGGGACACGAAGCAGGUCGAUAUUAACUACUCUUCCUGGACGAACGAGACCACUGGCUACCAGUAUUGGGCUGCGAAGCAGGGAAACACGACGGUGAAUUAUCAUGUCGACGUGCAGGCCGACCAUGGAGAGCUCAUCCGCGAGAUGGGCGCAAAGGCGACGGUACUGUUUAAGAAUGUUGGGAAAGCUUUACCCUUGGUUAAGCCCGAGAGUAUUGCUACCGGAUUUGCAAUAACGGGACGCUUGCGAUGGGCUGGGGUUCGGCGACGGGCCGAAUACCCCUAUUUGAUCUCGCCGGCCACCGCGCUUGAGAAGCAGGCGGAGGCCGAUGGUACAGUAUUCACGAAUGUAAAGGGGAAUUUCGAUCUUGAUGCUGCCAAAGCGGCUGCAAGUAAUGCCUCUGUUGCGAUUGUCUUCGCUAAUGCUGAUUCGGGAGAGGGAUAUACGACGUUGGACGGUAACUUCGGAGACCGUAAUAAUCUUACGCUUUGGAAAGGUGGCGAUGAAUUGAUUGAAGCAGUUUCGUCUGUUAACCCUAAUACUGUAGUUGUUAUUCACAGUGUCGGCCCGGUUCUAAUCGAUCAUAUCAAGACGAAUCCAAACGUGACUGCCAUCCUAUGGGCUGGUCUCCCGGGUCAGGAGUCGGGUAACUCGCUGACGGACGUGUUGUACGGAAAGGUUAACCCGCAGGGUCGAACGCCCUUUACCUGGGGCAAAGGGGCGAAAGACUGGGGAGUAUCUAUCCUGUUCAACUCUACCUCGAUGGAGCCACAGCAGGAUUUCGCAGAGGGCCUCUUCAUCGAUUACCGAUACUUCGACCGAGAGGAGAUCGAACCUAGCUUCGAAUUCGGCUUCGGACUUAGUUACACCAACUUCACGUACUCGAAUUUGACAGCAGUUCACCACGACCCAGGAGUAUAUACACCAGCAUAUGGAACCACGCCCCCGGCACCAACGUACGGCGAGUUGGAUUUAGACCCGAAGAAUGCGAUUACCCCCGAGGGCUUCUCCAAGAUACCGAGGUUCAUUUAUCCGUAUAUCAAUAACCCGACGAUCCCAAACAUAACCGCUGAGAUUCCCCCGGGAGGCCACAAUGCUUCUGCGCAGCCGAUCCUGCCGGCGGGAGGUCCGUCAGGUGGAAAUCCUGAGUUAUACGAGGUACUCUAUGUUAUUAGUGCAGAUAUCACUAACAGCGGAGAGGUAGCUGGGACUGAGAUCCCACAGCUUUACAUCUCGCAUGGCGGUCCGGCGGAACCAAAUGUCGUGCUACGCGGUUUCGACGAGAUAUACCUCGAGCCGGAAGAGACGAAGACGGUGGUUUUUAAUGUGACUUAUCGUGACUUGAGCAAUUGGAGCUCCGAGGAGGAAGAUUGGCGUCUCACUGGGUAUCCGAAGACAGCAUAUGUCGGGGCGAGUUCGAGGGAUUUGAGGUUGCAGAAGGCGUUGCCGCUUCCGAGGUAA